CCACCUGUUAUCGACGUUGUGGAAGUGUAUACGUUAGUUGCUCUAAUUUUUUAUAUCAUUUAGACAAAUAGGAACAUCAGAGGGGAAACAUUUUCAAUGUAGAAUAGAAAAUAUAUAUCAUUGGUAUCAUCUGAAUCCCAGACUACUCAGACAGUACGAUGUGAAGCCCACGCGCAAAAAAAAACAUACAAAUCAGUCGUAGUGAAGCCCUACGCUGUUGCCACUAUUUGGCAGUGAAUAUUUGCCGUCAUAUCUGAAAGGGCAUCAUUUAAUCCCUUGUCCCUUGAGUGUUUAGUGAAAGAAUGAACGGGCGAUCGAAGAGAAUUUUAGAGUUAGCAUCUCAGGCUUAUUCACUGAGAAAUCGGAAAACGGUUAAAUAUGUCGAAGAAGAAAGCGAAUUAUCUCUGAAUAAAUUCGAAGCUUCUGCGAGUUCUGAAGAUGAUGUUACCUUCACUCCUCAAGGAUUACUGGAGAGUUCGGAUUCCACCUACGACUCAAUCAAUGAAGCGGGAUAUGUAGAAAUAACUCCUGAAAAACUUUUAAAGACUAAAAAUACAUCUCUCUCAACUGUUUCUGAAACUGGAAGUGUUUCGAACAUAAUACCACGCAGCAUAUAUUCAGAGUAUUGCAUUCACGAAUCGGGAGGUGGUGUUUUGGUUUCGGAAAAGGUGGCCGAGGCUCUGUGUGAAACACAAGGGUCUUCUGACCGAAUGAGCGGUUCUCCUAAAGAACUGACGAUGUUACGCAAUGUUGAAUGGGUGAGUUCACCUUGCAAAUUAUAAUUAUAAUAAUUUCGACUAUU